AUGAGAAUCCCAAAGUAUAUGCGUGGGAGACAUUUCUUGCAUGGGCAAGCACGACAGACGGUCCAAACCCAUAAAGUUUUCUCGGUAGCGAGCUCCGCCACUUUGUCAAAAAGGUCGUCCACUCCUGUUGAUCAAGCAGAAAUCACCAACNNNNACAGUCUCCUCACAUUCAUACUUCUCCCCUCAUUCCAGCCGCAUCUUCCAGAGAGCCAUCAGGAAUGCUGCUGA